AGGUCCAGAUCCAGUCAGGUCCAGGUCCCUUCAGGUCCAGGUCCUGUCAGGUCCCGGUCCAGCCAUGUCCAGGUCCCUUCAGGUCCCGGUCCUGUCAGGUCCAGGUCCCUUCAGGUCCAGGUCCCGUCAGUUCCCAGCCCUGUCAGGUCCAGGUCCCUUCAGGUCCAGGUCCCGUCAGCAGGUCCAGGUUCAGUCAAGUCCCGGUCCUGUCAGGUCCAAGUCCCGUCAGGUCCUGGUUCUGUAGAACUGCUCCGGGUCCAGCUCUGGUAUGAAGCGUCUCUCUGUGAGGAGAAACAAAGGAAACAAGAUGUCCUUCGAAUUGUAGAUUUGAUCAUCUGAGGCUCAACUGGCGGAGCUGGACUGGACCGGUACCGGGCUGGACUGGUACCGAAUGUGACGGUCCGGGACCAGCGUGGACGGGUCCACAUGGUCCAGCGUGUGGAGGCUGGUUCAGCAGACUGCGGACAGAGAGGAGGAGGAGGAGGAGAAGGAGGAGGAAGGUGUGAUGCUGCAGCGACUCUCCGCCUCCUCCUUCCCCGCGCAGGGAGCGCGCCGCGCGGCUUCAGAGGCGUGACGCGGCCGAUCCGCAUCUCCAGGAUGGCAGGUCCUCCUGACGGGUCCUGGACUCUCUGUACCAGGAUCAGACCAGCGGCCCUUUGAGGACGAUGGACCCUGUGAUCCCGCCGGGCCCUGGCUCCAGGACCAGGACCAGGAUGGACCCCAGAACCUCAGCGUGCAGACGCACACUCGGUGUGAUGCUGCUGGUGGCCGGCUCGCUGGUUUCCAUGGUGACAUCAAGCUCACCUGCUGCAGGUGUGCUGGACUUCAACAGGACGGCGGAGUCUCUGUCACAUCCUUCAUCACCCUCCUCCUCUUCCUCCUCCCCGCCCAGACCCCCGUCCCCCAGCCCCCCGGCCCUCAGCCCCCCGGUCCCCAGAUCCCCGGCUCCCAGACCCCCGGCCCCCAGCCCGCUCUCACACUCUGGUUAUCAUCGCAACAGCGGUGGCGCAGGCUCGGCGGAGGACUCAGACUCUGGUGCUCAGGGGAUCCACCUCCUGCUGAGACCUCCAGACAUCCUGUCCCCUAGCCUCCCUCCACCCCUGCCCCCACACACCCAGCCCACCCUCACCCCUCCUCCCCCCUGGGAGCAGGGCCCCUCCCUGGAGGAGGCCUGGGGCUCCGGAGACUACCUGGAGACUCUGUCCUUCAUGGUGCCUGACGGCGAGGAGCUGGCCUUGGCCACGCCACUGCCCAACCACCCCUACGACGAGGACAUCGGAGGGGACUGGGUCUCCUACGACACCGCCUUCCCCGCCCGUCCCACCGUCCCCCUCUCUUCCCGCCUACCUAUCUCACCCUCCUCCUCCACCCCCAGCAUCCCGCUGCACACCCGCCCCACCCAUCCAGAUGUCUUCCCCAACUGGGACGAGGACUACGACCUGGAGGACCUGAUGCCCCUGGAGCCGACGGAGCUGCUGCUGCCAGACAUGAACAGCAUGGAGUACUACACCAACCUGCUGGCCCGGGAGAAGGAGAGGGGGAGAGACCAGGACCGGAUCAACCGGACCGACUCCAAACCCCCCAUCACUCCCACAACAACCCAAACCCACCGUCCCCAUUCGUCUUCAUCCCCGUCCCCGAGCUCUGGUCCUCCUCCAGGACAGGAGCCCAAGCAUCCCCUGGAGGGGCCCACCCCUCCCCUCACCCUUUCACCUACUCUCACAGGUGAGGAGACGCCACCUCCACUGUCAACCACCUUCAGAACUGCUUCUCCUCCAAAACCCAAAGACCAUGUCCCAACCCCAGGCAGACACCCUCCUCGCCCCCCUUCCAACACCACCGGCCGGGUUCCUCCCCCUCCCCCACUGGGACCGCCCACCCGCCCCGACAGACCGGAGAGGCCUCCAGUGGUCACAGAGAAGCCAGUUAAAGCUCCGCCCACCAGGACCACCACCAAGGCGACAACCACAACCACCGCCAUCACCACCACCACCCAGAACACUGCCAUCAGCCUGACCAGAGCCCCCCCGGUCACUACACCUAGAGUGGCCCAGACCCCGCCCAUCAGACAGUACCUGUGUAACGUCAGCAAGCCGGAGAUGUACCUGGUCAGAGUAGUCAGUUCCAAAGGUUCGUCAGCCGGAUUCACUCAAGUCAGAGAUCUUCUGAAGAGAGACUUCAACCGCUCGGUGGAGCUGCAGUUCCUGAGAACACCGUCCAGUUUCGCCUUCCGUGUCGUAUCAGGACCGUUGAUCUUCACCGCCAUAUCUGUCAUCAAUGCCCUGCGCCAACCACCACGCAGCUCCGGCCCCGUUCCCACCGUUUCAGCGCUCUACACUGUACCGGACCUCAGGUACCAGAUCCACUUCGUGCUGCAGUUCGUCCCUGACCACGUCGACGUCAGAGUCUGUAACUUCAGCGAACGGGUCGAGAGAGGGCUGAUGAUGGCGUACGCCGAGACACGGAGACGAUCUCAUGAGGCAGGAAACGUCACCGUACAGCUGUUGAACAUCAGCAUGUCCGUGACCCGGCCGCCAGCAGGGCAGAAGGUUUCCGUCGACGUCACCUUUGCGGUGCGUGAUGGGCGGGACUACCUGCUGGGGUCAGAGGUCAGCGAACACCUGAGGAAGCUCAGCCUGGUUGAGUUCAGCUUCUACGUCGGAUUUCCUGUCCAGCAGAACGCAGAACCGUUCCACUACCCUGAGCUGAACACGUCACACCACCUGCGCUCCACCUGGGUCCGUACAGUGCUGUUGGGAGUCCAGGAGCAGCUGGUGGCUGAGAGGAGUUUUAAAGCUCGUCUGGAGAGACGUCUGGCUCUGCUGCUAGAGGAGGGACUGCAGGCGUCCAGCAGGAGGCGCUUGAGGAGAGCUACUGCUGUGGGCAACAACAGUCUGCAGGUGGUGCGGGUGUCGAGGCUGUCGGGGGCGGAGCGUCCCCUAGAGGUCUUCUAUUUCGUGGAGGGUCCAGGUGGUGAGCGUAUACCUGCCGAGGCGAUGGCGGUCACGCUGAACCGCCUGGACCUUCAGAGAGCCGCCAUCGUCCUUGGACACCGAGUCCAGAGACCCAUCGCCCAACCUGUGGAGACCCUGUCCGUCCCCCCAGCGGAGACUCAGAGCAGCAGCAUCUGGCUGAUUGUCGGCGUGGUCGUCCCCGUCCUGCUGGCCGUCUUUAUCAUCAUCAUCCUCUACUGGAAGCUGUGCGGCUCAGAGAAGCUUGAGUUCCAGCCGGACGCCAUCAACACCAUCCAGCAGAGGCAGAAGCUUCAGGCUCCCAGCGUGAAAGGCUUCGACUUUGCGAAGCUCCACCUCGGUCAGCACAGCAAAGAUGACAUCAUGGUGAUCCAGGAGCCCGGCCCGCUGCCCGCCCCCGUCAAAGAGGCCACGCCCUCCGACGGUGGAGACCUCAACACCCCCAAAUCUAAAGGGUCGUCCACCAAGGCGACUCGGAACAGUCGCCGCAGGGGCAGACUCAGCCCGUCAGACGGCGACUCGUUGGGCAGCGACCAAUCGAGCGGCAGAGAAUCGGCAGAAGAAAGCACUCGACCUGUGGCCACGCUCAGUGAGGGGAAACACCACAGGAAGACGCCCAAAAAUGGGAGGAACAAGAUGGGCAGCGGUCCAGACGAGCUUCUCUCCUCGUCUUCCAUUUUCGAUCACGUCGACCGUUUGUCUCGCGGCUCGUCCGACGGCACGCGUCGUCAGGCCAACAAGGUGCAGCUGAUCGCCAUGCAGCCGCGACCGAGCCCGCCACAGCCGCACGCCCCGUCCCAUCUGAGCCCCACCCUCACCGAGAAGGUCAGCACGGAGGUGGCACUGAGACACAAGUCUGAGAUCGAGCAUCACAGGAACAAACUUCGGCAGCGCGCCAAGAGGCGGGGUCAGUGUGAGUUUCCCUCCAUGGAUGACAUCAUGGAUGCCUUCGGAGACGGACCGGUGCAGAGCGAGGUGGCACAGCGUCUCUAUAGCUCCGCCCACGACCACAUGGACUGCAUCCUGCAGGCUGACGGCCACUCACCCCCCACGCCCACAGACUCCAGGAGGAGAGGGAGGCGGUCCCCUCGGGCUCGGCGGGCUCAGCCAGGACCUGGAAGUCUCCCUGAUACAGACCGAGACCGGUUGCUCACCGAUCACAGCGCCACCUACAGGAAGUACCCGGGACUCAACAACGUGGCCUACAUGUCGGACCCUGACCUGCCCCCGGACCACGGCAGCCCCUCCCCUACCGACGAGGUGUUUGACUCAGCCCCGGCCCCGCCCCCCUAUAUGCCCCCCCAGCCCUCCAUCGAGGAGGCACGGCAGCAGAUGCACUCCCUUCUGGAUGAUGCCUUCGCCCUGGUGUCACCGUCCUCACAGGGCAGCGCCGGGGUGAGUGGGGUAAGCCCCGCCCUGCCCAGCCCCUCCCCCCAGGCCCGCCCCGCAGGCAGGCAAUGGGGCUCUUACCCAGCUGCCCCCUCUCACAGCCCCUUCUCUGCUAGAUACGCAGAGCUAGGAAUGUCUCCAACAUCAGUCCAGGGCCUGCUGCAGAGGCAGGGCCUAAACUCAGGAGGGUAUGUUUCUACUGGAGAUCAGCUGCAGGAGUCGGUUUACUCCAGCAGGGGGCCGUAUGAGGACCCCCCCUCCUCGUCCAGACCACGACCUGUAGGGGGCAGCACAGGUGCGCAGCUCCACCACUUGACCCAGGUGGGUUUGUCCAGUCAGAUUGGUGCGUACCCUGGGGUGGGUCGCAGCAUGUCUGGUCCCACUGGCUCCAGCUGGAACCACCAGCACUCAGACCAGGACCUGUCCAGACCAGGAGCCAGCAGAGAGAGUGUGCUGUCGUUUCCAGAGUUCUCCUCUUCCUCUGUUUUCCAGAUGCCCAGCUCCUCGUUGCGGGACCCAUCGGCUCCACCUCUCCUCCUGACCUCACCGACUCCAGAGUACCCACCAGAGGACGCCUCACCCUCCGCCCACACUUCCGCCUCUCUUAUAAAGGCUAUCAGGGAGGAACUGCGACGUCUGGCCCAGAAACAGGCUGCAGUGACCAGCUACCCUUAGACUGGUCUGGAUCUGUUUGGAUCAGGACUCAACUGGUUUCAACCAUUAUUGUUUUAAACCACUCAGAGCCUGUAAAGACUGGAUUAAAACCCUAAAACUAACUGAUCCACACUCUGGACUCUCUUGAGCUAAUCUACGUCUGUGCCACUAAACCCAAAAUGACACUGGGCCACGAUCCACGUCUGAAAAAAAAAAGACAGUGUCUCCUGACUGAAAGACCUCCGGUACUUUACAGGGUUCCGUCUGUCUGUCCUUCAUCCUUCAGCUCAGUGUUUCAUUAGACAUUAGAGUUUAACUCUUCACGUUUCCACUGAAGUGCUUCCUGGAGUGGAUCUUUUGAUUAUCAUCCUUCCUGAACUUCUGGAGUGGAUCAUACUUUUUGAAAUUUUGGAGCAGCAAUUCAUUCCUAAAGUCCGGGGUGGAUCAUCCCUCUCAACCCUCUGGAGGGGAUUGUCCCUCCUGACCUUCAAAGGUGGAUCGUCCCUUAUGGACUUCUGAAGUGGAUAGUCUCUCCUGAUCUUCUGGACUGGAUUGUUUCUCCUGAUCUUCCCAGAGUGGAUGGUUUCUCCUGAACCUCUGGAGCAGAUCGUCCCAGGGGAUCUUCCCCCCUGACCCACUGGAGGGAAGGUCCCUCCUGGAUCUCUGGAGCAGAUCGUCUCAGAAGAUCGUCCCUCCUGACCCACUGGAGGGAAGGUCCCUUCUGACCUACUGGGGCAGAUCACCCUUCCUGUAGUUCUGGAGUGGAUCUUCCCUUUUGAACUCCAGAAGCGACUUGUUCCUUCUGAUAGUCUGGAUGGGUUGUCCUUCCCGAACUUCUGGAAUAGAUAGUUGCUCCUGACCUUCCAAGUGGAUGGUCCCUCCUGAUUUUCUGGACUCAAUCAUCCCUCCUGAAGUUCUUAAGUGGAUUGUCCCUCUGGACCUUCUGUGGUGCUAACCGUCAGCCUCAUCCCAUCUCAUGACCACUUAUUGCCUUCCACACUUCCAUCAACCACAGGGAUCAGGUCUCCUUUCAUAAACCAUAUCAAUGAGGUCUUUGCACUGUCGACAGCUGGAGGUGGCGUACAGUCCCUACGGCAAGGGGACGCAAAACAGGAAAAAAAGUAUAUAUAAAUAUCUAUAAGAAUUAAUAUGAAUAUCUGUAAAGAGAUAGAAUCCCAAUGAGCACAAUAUCAAUGUAAGAGUUAUUAUUGGAGUAUUGAGAUGUUACUUAUUUUUUAUUGCUUAUAUAUGAAAGUAUACUUUAAAUAUUUAAUUUUGAUGAAAAAAAGACCAAACUACUGUUCUAUGGUUGUAUUAUUCUUGUGUUUGAGCUCGCUGUAGAUUUUGAGCCGGCGCUUGUUUCUCUGUGGAAACGUUGCUUAGCGUAGCUGCUCGCUCGUGUGUUCAUGUAUCGGUGGCAACGAAAAAAAUCGCGCUAAUGCAUCGCUUUGAUAUCAAGUUUUUUCAUUGCUGAUUUGUUGCAUCCAUCAGUCUGUGGGCAGAAAAUUAUAGAUGAGAUUAUCACAUGACAGGUGGGUAAAAAAUGUUUCUGUACGGGGGCAGAGAUGGAAAACCAGUCAUUCAUCACAACCAGAAACUAAAGCUAACAGGUACACAUCAACCCCCCCCCCACAAACUAUUAGCAACCCUUUCUCUCCACCUCUGAAACGCUUCGCCGUUAUUGUACGACUCUCUUUUUGACUGACAUUACUGAAGGAUAGUUAACUAUAGGCAUCCAAAGAUUUAUACGCCCACAAUUUAUCUUUACAGCGCUGCCGUUGGCCAGGUCGGACAGCUGGCUACUUAGCUAGCUUAGCUUGCUAAUUCCACCAUACUGUCAUGCAACACAGAAUAUGAGGCGAACAAAGUUGUCCCUCAUCUGGCGAUAGCACUGUGCUUUCCUACGCUGUGACAAGAGUGUGUGGAUGAAGCAUUAAGUUGUUAAAUUUGAUUAAUUUAGCAACUGGUUAGUUAGGUAGCUACCAUGCUAAUUCCACCAUGCUACAGAAAAUUCAAUUCAAUUCAAUUUAUUUUUAUAUAGCGUCAAAUCAUAACAGAAGUUAUCUCGAGACGCUUUAUAUAUAGAGCAGGUCUUAGACCGUACACCAUAGUUUAGAGACCCAACAGAGAUCCACCAAGCGCGCUGUGGCCAGGAAAAACUCCCCGUUUAGCGGGAAGAAACCUGGAGCAGAAGAAAAUGAGCCCAACAACUUCACCAGUAGGAGAGCAGGCGUUAGUUAGCUAGCCUGUCAGUCUCCGGACAAGCUAGCUAGCUAACUAGCCAGUUCCAGAGACAGACAAUCUAGCUAGCUAGCUUAAGUUAGCUAGCCGUCUACGUAGGGGUCGGCUAAUCUGGUCCCACUUUCUGGUACAUGCUGAAAAUCAAACAUUUUUACUGGAUUAUUUAGAGAUUUUCCAAAGUAAAAGUCCCUCGAAGUGUAUAAUUCAACUUUUUUCCAUGGUCUAGUGUUAAAAAAGUUGACAACAAUCACAAUAAAUCAGAAUAUCGAAUGUCAAAACUCAAAAAUCGCAAUACAUAUUGAAUCGAUAGGCGUAUCGUCCUAGUCCUAACUUUUAACUGUCUAAUUCUGCAGAUUUUAACAAACUAAUUAAAUAAAUUGUGAUAAAAUGAUGCUGAAUGACUGGUUGACUGUUUUCUCCGUAGUGUUGUGAAGAAGUCGGUCGCUCGUAUAAUCCGGUUUUGGUACGAGAGCGUUUGUUCGUCAGCAUGUUUGACUUAGUUUGAGGCUUCAGCUACUCGUGAUGUUCCAGUUAAUGUUCAGCAUGCUGCUAAAAGAUGUUUAAAACUAAGUUUAUAAAGUGAAGAGUUAUUCCACAUCGAGUUCAGAGUGAGCAAAGAGCGUCACAGUGCCAUAAAACCAUCAUUCAUCCAAACACAGUAGGAAAAAAAUACAUCCUUUGUUUUGUUUUGCAUUUGCAAAAUCUAUUUUUAAAUCUAAGAUGGUUGCAGUAAACCGUGUAUAAAUGAAAGUGGAUAUGGUGUUGAAUAGAAAACAUGAUAUAUAGAACAUAUUUUAUGUGUGAUUGCUCUGCUGAACUGACUCAAAGAUCAGUGCCAACACAUCUGUCACGGACCAGAACCGACUGGAGACUCUCUGAUUGGCUCUAGCACCUGUCUGUCAAGCUGUAUGACUUGGCCCCGCCCACAGGAUCACAUGGUGCUAACCCAACGACUCCAGGUGUGUCUGAAACUCUUCACACACUAACAUUCAGAGAGGAGAUCAAACUCUGGAUUCAACCUGCCGCUCUGCAGGUUUCACUAACGUCUCCUGAAUGUUUCCUUCAGUGUUUUCUAGAGUUUCUGUGUUUUCUAGAUCUGUGAUCCUCAGUGAGAAUCCAGCAGACGAGCAGCCGCCGCCGCGCUGUGGAGGUUCACUCACAGCAAAACUACUGAUUCACUAAAACUACUGAUUCACUAACAUGAUCUGGAUCCAGAUAUCUGAUCUGAUCAACAAAACUACAGAUUCACUAACAUGCACAGAUUCAUCUUCUGCAUGCAAGAUAUCAACUUUUUAAGUUCAAAAUAUCACAAGAUAGUAACUGGUGGGCACAAGUGACAUAUUCUUGUACAAACUUCCACAAACAAGAUAAAAAUCCUGCCCUUUGUGCGUAAAAUGAAAAAUCUCAUCUGCCGGGGUUUCCUUUAGCGUCUGAUCUGGAUCUAGAUACCUGAUCUGGAUUUAGAUACCUGAUCUGGAUCUAGAUAUCUGAUCUAGAUCAGCCGAUCUGAACUCACUAUUAACCUGAGAACUAAUUGAUGUGUUUUCAGGUCUUCACUCUUCAGAUAGUCUGAAUCGUUAGUUUUGUCGUGACUGAACUUCCGUACAGGUUUUUGCUCUGAGUCGAACCACAUUCCUGUUGUUCCUGUCUGGACUCUGUUCCAGCAGGCAGCCUCACUGAGUUCAGACCUGGACCAGGUGAGUCCACAUCAGCCCAGCUGUGAUCCAGGUGUGAUCCAGCUGUGACACCAGGUGUAGCUCAGUGAAGCUGCAGCGUGGAAACGGAGGCCGAAGGAUGAGUUGUUUUACUGUCAGUCGGUGACGUGGAUCACUGCCAGCAGUCUCACCUGUUCAACAGUCUCACCAGGUGAGUGUCAACUGAUCUGACGGGGUCACAUGACAGGACUCCGUGUGCUGUUUCAAGUCUCAACGAUUGUGUUAACCAACAUUAAAGAGUUGUGUUCAAAUUCAAA